AUGUCUGAUCCUGGCUCUCAUCAAUCCCCUGGCGUCAAGCCGGGCUUGUUGGGGAAAAACAGCCCGAGUGACUCCCAGCCCUCGGCCAAUUCGGAGAGGAGGAAUAAAAGUGGGAUAAUCAGCGAACCUUUGAACAAAAGUCUUAAGAAGUCCCGCCCGCUUUCCCACUACUCCACUUUCGGCAGCACCAGCUCGUUAAGCGAACAUUCCGAGAAAGGUGCCCCCGUAGCCAAUGGCAAUGAAGCCGCGCUGGAUAAAAGCAAUUCUACCUCAAAGCACAAAAACAUCGCCGACCUGCUGAGCAAAUCAGAUCUUUCUUCAGAAGGACAGAGCAUCUUGCAGCAGUUCGCCCAGUCGACGGAGCUGCUCAAACGAGUCGUCCAGGAGCACAUUCCCCUGCCUAAUGACCAUGGGACGGGCAUCGCCGACAUGGAGGCGGUUUCGGCGGCGGCGGAGGCGAUGAACAGCCCGUCUGAUUUUCCUUACCUGGGGGCUUUUCCGAUCAACCCCGGCCUUUUCAUUAUGACCCCCGCUGGCGUGUUUCUGGCGGAGAGCGCGCUCCAUAUGGCUGGCUUGGCCGAGUACCCCAUGCAGAAUGAAUUGGCGUCUGCCAUCAAUUCAGGGAAAAAGAAACGGAAACGAUGUGGCAUGUGCCCUCCGUGCAGAAGACGGAUAAACUGCGAGCAGUGCAGCAGUUGUAGGAACCGUAAAACUGGGCACCAGAUUUGCAAAUUCCGAAAAUGUGAGGAACUUAAAAAGAAGCCUUCUGCUGCACUGGAGAACAUAAGAAUUGCCAUGUUGGAUCAGCCCAAGGUCCGUCGAACCCAGAACUCUGUUUCCAGCCAGCCAGAUGCCCCUGGGAUCUCACAAGCAGCGCAUUGAGAAAGUGAUGCUUCCUACAGGCGCGGCCUUCCGAUGGUUUCAGUAGGAACAAGAAUCCCAAAGCUCGGUCAUCCAGUGCCACGUCACUGCUUGCUUGUGUUGUCUCAGGCAAGGAAUUUUUUUGGCGGAAAUGAAUGGAUGCGCCUGUGUCUCCUUUAGAACCAAAAAUAUUUUCUCGCAGAUCUCAUUCCUGUUUUUAUAAUUUUUUUUUGGCAUUUGUUUUAACAUCUCCAAGUACUAGUAAAACAAACAUUAACUGCUUUUCAGAUAAUUUUUUAAAAAGGAAUCCAUAAAGUACCAAGAUGUAAUAGAGUAUGGACAAUCAAUUGAUUUUAUUUUCCUGUGUUUUGGUGUUGAUGUGGUUUAUGUGUGGAAGAUGCAGUUCUUGUGUAGAGAAUGUAAAUUUACAGUAACCUUUUAAAAUCUAGUUACUAAUAAGCACUACUGUAAUUAGCACAGCUGUUUACUCAUUCAUUUUUUUUACUUGAUUAAUUUCCAUCAUUAAAGAAAAAAUAGCGUGGAUAGUUUCUAGAAUGCCUCAAUUUCAUGUUAUAAAUGAGAAUAUGUUUAAAAUAAAGUAGUUUCCCUUUCCCUAACCAUACACAUAAAAUAAGGUUUAAUCAGCAAGAUGUUUGGUAUUAAAAAGUGGAAGUGUAUUGCAAAACAGGCAAGAUUUUUAAAGCAAAGUAAAAACAACUAUUGCGUUUAGAAACAAGGAAAAAAACCCAACUACACACUAAAAACAAACUCUGGAACUAAUUGCAACGAUUCACUUUUAGAAACCAUUUGAAAAAUGUUACUGGAAUUCAGAUAAUAAGCUAUUGCGGGACCUGUGCUGAAAAACAUUUGCAAUGAGUCUUUUUCUUCUGUUCCAAGCCCUCCUCUCCUGCUUUCUCACCACCACUAAACUGAAAGGCUGUUUGUAAUGUUCUAGCAAUUCAGGCUGUUUUGUGAAUAAAAAUGAAAGCAUG